AUGUUAAGAGAUUUAAAAUCAAGAAGUAAGGCCAAAGUUAUGCUAGAAUCAGGUUUAUACAUGCUUAUAUUGUUGUUCCUGUUUGUUGGAAACUCCUUAACACUCCUGGUAAUGUUGUUGUACAGACGGAUGCGAAGAAUUCCAAACAUGUUUGUAGCAUCAAUCGCCGUUUCAGACUUAUUUUUAGGAGUUGUCAGUGCAGUGCCUUUAAGCAUCCCAACAUUAGUAACUUCUCAUUGGCCGUUUAAUGAUACCACCUGCCAAUUUCAAGGUUACAUAGCAUGUACGUUGGGUAACGCCUCGAUCCAAACGUUGGUCUUAUUGGCAGUGAACAGAUAUUAUAGAAUCGUCAAACCAACCAAGUACCGACGCUACUUCACUAAGAAAAAAGCCCUAAUCAUGAUUCUUGUGUCAUGGUUCUAUUCUAUUUGUGCUCCGUUAAUUUAUGUGCUAAGUGGGAGCAAAAUGGUCUUUCAUCCUUCCAAGUUCUUCUGUUAUUUUCCAAUCGAAAACAGUGCAUUUAUGGCCUAUGGUAUUCCACUUUACGUAGGUAUUCCAACCUGUGUUAUAAUCUACUGCUACUUUAGAAUCUUCACAACAGUUCGCCACCACAAUAGCAAUUUUCAUCGCCCUGGCAAUCCAAUAAGCACAGUAAACGUAGAAGAAGUUAAGGUGGCGAGUACCAUCUUCGUAAUAGUGGUGCUUUUUAGUAUGUGUUGGCUGCCAGUUUGUACAAUUGACCUUGUGGACGCAGUUUUCCAAAAAUGGUUGUUUCCUCGUGAGGUUUACGUGGCAUAUACAUUUCUGGGUACUAUAAGCAGCGCUUUGAAUCCUUUAAUUUACGGCUUGCUCAACAAGAGUUUUCGUAAGCAUUACUGGAAGGUGCUGCGGUACAGAUGUUGCCGAUCUCAAACUGUCGUAGAACCGUUGGCUUGGCGCGGAAGGGUGAACGUUGUGUGUAGGGUACCAUUGCCUGAUGUACAGAUAAAUGCGAAUUGAAAAAACUGCUUCAAGUCAGUCUCAUCCAUUUUGUUUACUGUUCCAACUUCGUUACGAAACUAACGUUACUGAGGAAACUACAUGAAAUUUAAUUUAAAAAAGAAUACAACUAAAUACUACCUGGGUGACAAACAAAUAUAUGCCCGUUUGUGUUUGGAAGAGGAACUUUUGACCGGGACUAGUUGAUCCCUUCAACAAAAUAAUCAAGUCUCUCUGUUCAGCUCGUACUAAGUUUGCGUAGUACUAUCUGGAUCGCAUUCUCCAGAAACCGCUGCCUCUCCUUUUUUUAUUGCGGCCAAAUUAACGCUGAGACGUAAGUCUUCUGCGAUUUCUAGAAAAGCUGCUUUCUCCGUGAAAACGAUUCUCUUUCUUAAAUCUCGUUUUAAAUGAGCUUGAGUUGUUCAUUCAAUUUAAAACAAGGAGAGCAAUAUGAAAUUACAAGCUACUGGCCUGUGCAUAGAACUUUUAUGAUCAGAGUAAGAGUAGAUACUAAAAAUAUAGUGUGAAAAUCAUGUCAAGGUGAUCCACAGAAGGUCUCAAGCUUCCUCAUCGAAAAUGAUUGGCUAAACUUUUUUCCAUAAAUUAAAUAUAAACUGAAUCGACCUGGUCCUAACAGACGUCUUGUUUAGUCCCUUGGGGAACAAUCAGGUGUCACCAGGUCUCCGUCACAGAGGGGUGUGAAAGACCAUGUCAUGAAGGAAAAUACCUUCGUUCUUAACUCGUGGAUGUACGCGAAGCGUGUUCCGCAAUGUUCCUCUCUUAAACAAGUAGUGUUGACAAGCAUUAAAGUUCACUUCACUUUUUCCUUGGGCUUAUCAUUUCAACUUUGAACAAUUUUGAAAUAUCACGAGUGAUAUUUAUGCCAAAUAUCAUGUAAAAAUCACACUAUAUUUGUCUUUAUGACUAGCCGCAAAGGUUUUGUAAAUCUCACUGCGGAUCCUUUAUCCCUUCAUACACUUGUGACAUCUCAUUGGCCGUUUAACAAUGCACCUUGCACCUAUCCCGUAGUCAUAGUGACCGUUGGGGCACCAUGGACCUAGCAACCCUUUCCCUCCAUUUGAUUUUGUUUUCAGCUUCUCUUAGGGCGUUGCAAAACUUCAACCCUGUCAACUCAGAGAUAUUAUUCUCCCAACUCUUCUUUUGUGGGCCCCUUCUUCUCCCUCCUUGCACUGUUCCUGGUGAAAUUGUCUUGGCAAGCGCUGCUGAUCUUGAUACGUGUCUAAACCACAUUAAAUUGCAUUUAUUUACCAUGGUUAAGAUAUCAUCAUAGGGCCCAAUGGCUUGCUUGAUUCUGUCUCUGACUGCAUCGUUGGUGAUGUGGUCUCUGUAUGAGAUGCCAAACACUUUCCUAAGGCAUCUCAUCUCAGCGGCCAGCAUUUUCUCCAGGAUAUCCGCUGUCAAUGCACAGGUUUCGCAGGCGUACAACAAUACUUAAAUUAUCAAGGGAGCGCGUUAGUUUGAUCUUUGAGCUUAGAGAUGUAUGCUUUUCGUUCCAGAUGGUCUUCAAUCUCCCUAGUGCCGCUGUUGUCUGUGAAAUUCUGGACAGUACUUCAGGCUUGGAACCUUGAUCUGUGACGACUGCACCCAGAUACUUGAAGCUAUCAAUCUGGCCAAUUUUUAACCGUUCAUUCUGAUGUCAAUGCUGAUCCCAUUUGCGUAGUUGGUCAUCAGUCUGGUCUUCUCUGCACUAAUUUCCAUGCCAAAGGCUGCAGAAGUCUUAUCCAAGCGAUCCACCAGGGAGGCUAGUUCCUCCUCUUUUCCUGCCAAGCCAUCAAUGUCAUCAGCAAAACGAAAGUUGGUAAUUGUUUUGCCUCCGAUGCUGACUGUUCCUUGGUGCUCUUCUAGUGCGUCAGUCAUAAUUCUCUCCUGAGAGGUGUUGAAAAGAUUCGGUCAGAGUAAACCCCUUUGUCUGACUACGACUGUGGUUCUGAACAAGUCUCCUAUGCUGCCACUAAGGUACACAGCACUGGUGGCCUUUGUUGUAGACGUUUUCAAUGAAUUGGAUCAGGUUGGCGUUAAUGUUAUAAAGCCUCAUAGUAGACCAAAGGGCUUUAUGCCAUACUCUGUCAAACCCCUUUUUAAAAUUAAUAAAGACGUGAUAGAGGUGUUGUUGAUGAUGGAGGUACCUCUCGCACAGUAUCCUAAGAUUGAAUAUCUGUUUUGUCGUACUGCGACCUGAUCGGAAACCUGCCUGUUCUUCUACGAUGAUUGAUUCUGCCUGAAUGUUCAACCUAUUUAACGGCACCUUCAGCAGGACUUUACUUGGGUGGCAAAUUAGGCUGCUCGUAUGGUAGUUCUUGCACUGUUGAAGGUUGCCUUUCUUGGGAAGGGUGUGAUAAGAGACUGGGUCCACGGUAUGGGCCUCUCUCCUGUCUGCUCUAACCUUACUGUAGAUUUUAUACAAGGUACUUAUCUCGGCAUCUCCUUCUGCCUGCACCAGCUUCUUCGCGAUAUUGUCUAUCCUUGGAGAUCUUCCCUUCUUGAGCGAUUUCAUAGCGGCUUCGACCUCUUCCCGCAAGAUUGGGUAAUUGUCAGUGUCGGUUACUACUGGGACAGUCAGCACCUCAGGGUCACCUGGCUGUACACUUCUGCGUGAUUAUAUUAACGUGGUUCUAUUCGAUCUGUUGUCAAUUGGUGGUUUUUCAAAGUGUCCUUUGUCCAUCUUAGAGAGGUUUCCGUCUUAUAGAGUCAUUAAGCUACGUUAAAAUGACUAAAAACGGCAGAGACAAACACCACGUGUUCGGCUUCUAUGAGAAGAGUUGAGUGAAUGAAAUAACAUAUAAAUAACUGACGAUAGGUAUAGGGAAGAGAUACACGGCUGUGGACAACUAACCCGCAUCAAAUUUAACCUUUCUUGUUAAAACACGGGCCUUACCAGCGGGUGGAAAGUUCUUUGUACGGUAUUUACCCACUCCUAUCGUAUCGGAAAUCUCACUUGUUCGCUGUGCUCAGUCGUUCGAUUUCUGAUACGUCAACAACUCGCGCGUAUAUACCAUACGCGCGCACUUGCCAUAAAGUCGGUAUUCUAUAUAUAUUGAAUUGAAGCUAGAUGUAACUUUUACUAUGUGUAAUGAAAUGUUAUCUGUACUAUCCACGAAUCUUAAAUUUUAAAUGUAGUGUGAAUUAUAAAGGAAAUAAAGGGAGAUGUAAAGAAUCAACCAUAAGAGGACACAGAAAAAAUCUGAGCCCCAGAUGGGAUUCGAACCCACGACCCUCCGUGUUCUAGAUCGGAUGCUCUAACCUCUGAGCUACUGAGGACUCGUUGGCGAGCAAGGGUCAUUUUUGUGGGUUGGACUUGCGAACCGCAUCUCGCAGUCACACAGUCCAUCACAAGCAACACAUUAAGGCUUAACUGUAUCACACAGUCACAUUAAUAAGAAAUGUCUCACCCAUGAAUGAGCCUCCAACCAACCAACCUAUGCCACUGAUAUGGGUGAGACAUUUCUUAUUAAUGUGACUGUGUGAUACAGUUAAGCCUUAAUGUGUUGCUUGUGAUGGACUGUGUGACUGCGAGAUGCGGUUCGCAAGUCCAACCCACAAAAAUGACCCUUGCUCGCCAACGAGUCCUCAGUAGCUCAGAGGUUAGAGCAUCCGAUCUAGAACACGGAGGGUCGUGGGUUCGAAUCCCAUCUGGGGCUCAGAUUUUUUCUGUGUCCUCUUAUGGUUGAUCCUUUACAUAUCCCUUUAUUUCCUUUAUAAUAUCAAUAUCAGUGGCAUAGGUUGGUAGUGUGAAUUAAUUCGUAAUUAACGUGUUUCGAUGCAGCUUUAUCGUCUUCAGUUAAAUGCGACUUUUUCCCUGUCCCAUUGCCAUAAAGUUUUCACCAAUAACUAACUAUCAAAAUGGGUCUUAAAGAAAUCGAUGUUGCCAUAAAAACGAAAAACAAAAAAACUUUGAAAUAGAUAAAAGACGAAUCUUGCGCGAUCUAGACCCAGUAUUAUGGAAUAUCUGUUACCGGGAAGUUAAAGUGUGGUCAGUUAAGUAAAUAACGUACGAAAUUAGCAUAACGCCAAAACAGUGAAUUGCUGGUUUUCAACCACUUGACAACGAGGCUUUGUUGGUUGACAAAACAAUACUUUUUUGCAGAAUUUCCGCGGAACAAGAGUUAAAUUUCCUGCGGAAAGAAACUAAUUUGUUUUCUUCUACCAGCAUGGCUGAAAAACAGCAAUUUAGGAUUCCAGCGAAACAAAACUUCUUGCCACUGAAAGCAACACGUUUUACGAAAAAACUGUAAAAGAGGGGGAGGCAGUAUAUAAGAUAGGUCGUUACGUCACGUUACCGUGGUAGCAAAAUAUCUGGAUCUCAACAAACCGUGGUCCUGCAAAUAUGGCAUGGCAGAAAAAUAAAAAAGAAAGAAAAAAUAAUUGACAUGUAUAACUUUCCAGUGUAUGAUUGCAUUCAGGAACAAAACGUUAGCCUAUACUUUUCUUCCAACGUUCGAAAAUCAAAUGGCCGUCUCUGUCAAGAAAGAUUGUUGACAUCCACAAAUCUUGCUACCAUGGUAAACUGACGUUACACUUCUCCUCUCUAUUGAGAUCCGGUUACGAAAGCCCCACUUUGAAUAGAGGCAAUUGCGGACACAUUUUCAGCCCUCUCGAGACCCUACAGAAUGUGAUAUAUUCCUUCUUAAAUUCGCAUUUUCAUUGUGUCUGAUGACGUUCAGUUGAAGCGGGUGAACGUUUUUAUGAUGUUUUGAGUACGGACAGGAAAUUAUCAUUUUAUUGCUUUCUUAAAUUGUUAGUAUUGUUCUGCCUGACUUUUGCAGCAAAAUCCAUCUCACUUGUCGCAGAAACACCUGCGUUCGUUUAUUAAAACAAGGAUAUAAAUACUGGACUCGCGGAUCAAUUGCAGUUAAAGGCGGUACAAUGUUCGAUCUCACAGCUCAGUUCUAUAAAGCGUUAGUUUCAAUCUACAGUGAAAAGUGACCUGGACUGUGCCGCAAGGGCCGGAGCUGUUUUAGAGAACAUUGAUCCUAGUGGAUGGCUUAGAAUGCUAACGCAGCUCCGCUUUUAGGUCUGGCUGAAUCAGGUAGCUAAUCACUUUUUCCUUUACGGUUCAACUUUGUGAAUUAUAGACUUAGACGAAUAUGUUUCUACUGUUUGUUCUGCAAAGGUGGUUGUUGUAUUGGUAACACUUUUUUCCAGUGGCUGAGAUACACUCAAUAGUGCUCCUAGUUUGUCUUCCUCUGCAGUCCGCCUGUUGGAACAAUAAUACCUCAACCCUUUCACCGACCUCGUUUGACUCUUUGAGUGUAUUUUUCUAUUUACCAGGAAAGGGUUAAACGCUACAGAAAAUGGACUCCACAGAGAAUCAAAUGGCACAAAUGUCAAGAGAGUUUAAAUCAAGAAGCAAAACCAAGGUCAUUCUAGAAUCAGGUUUAUACGUUCUUAUUGUAUUGUUCCUGUUUGUUGGAAAUUGUCUAACGCUCUUGGUUAUGAUGUUAAACCGACGGAUGAGAACAAUUCCAAACAUGUUCGUAGCGUCACUCGCUGUUUCCGACUUAUUAAUAGGAGUUUUCAGUGUAGCUCCAUUAUCCAUUCCAACAUUAGUGACUUCCCAUUGGCCGUUUAACGACACAACCUGCCAAUUUCAAGGUUACCUAGUUGGUAUGUUGGCUGGGGCAUCGAUUCACACAUUGGUCUUGAUGGCAGUGAACAGAUAUUACAGAAUUGUAAAACCCACAAAGUACCGAGGCUACUUCACCAAGAAGAAAACCCUAAUUAUUAUUCUUGUGUCCUGGUUGUAUUCCAUUUGUGCUACAUUAAUUUUUGCGCUAAGUGGAAACAAAAUAGUCUUUCUUCCUUCCAAGUUCUUCUGUUUUUUUCCAAUCAAAAAAGGGGCAUUCGUGGCCUAUGGUAUUCCGCUUUAUAUUGGUAUUCCAACCUGUGUAAUUGUUUACUGCUACUUUAGAAUCUUUACAACUGUUCGCAACCACAAUUAUAGCAAUUUUCGUCUUCCUGGAAAUCCAAUAAGUUCGGUAAACGUAGAAGAAGUUAAGGUGGCUCGCACCUUACUUAUAAUCGUUGUUUUCUUUAAUCUGUGUUGGGUUCCAAUCUUAACAAUUGACUUUGUGGAUACGAUUUCCCAAAGGUAUAAUUUUCCUUCUGAGGUUUAUGUGGCAUAUACGUUUUUGGCCACUAUAAGCAGCGCCUUGAAUCCUUUAAUUUAUGGAGUCAUGAACAAGAGUUUUCGCAGGAAUUAUCUGAAAGUGCUACGCUGCAGAUACUGCCGAUCUCAAGGUGUCGUGGGACCUUUGGCUUUAUGCGGAAUGACGAAUGUUGUGGGGACGUUACCAUUGGAAGAUCAGAAGGGAUAAAUGGGAACUGUAGGGGUGGUGUCACGUCAGUCUCUUCUAUUUUGUUUACUGUUAUAACCUCGCUAAGAAACCGACGCUAUUGGGAAAAGAAAUAUCACAGCUUUGGGACAAACAUGUAUCAUUUAUCCAUAAUAUUAUAUAAUAUUAAACAACUACAGCUGAAUAAUUUCAGCUUGAUCUUAUCUUGGCCGAGUCAUUUUUCCAAAUGAUCGUCAUUUUUGUCAGUGAUUAUGCCAGGCCAGUGCUUUGCGAAUUUAACCCUUUUUUGACCGAGAGGGUUUUUAACCCUCCCCCCUCUCGUAAAAGUUCUAAAAAUUAUCUGGGAACAUUUUAAAGUCGUCUUGUCGUGCGCUCCAACAUUCACAUUACUAUAGCAACCUCGCUUUGACAGCCAUUUUUUUAAAAAUCAAAUUGACCAGGUAGUUGAAAUCUUGGUCCCCUGUCUGCCAUCAUUUGUCAAUAUAUCCUCUUUGUCCUAAUAAAAAUAAAUAGCUUUUGCAUUCAGCAACAGCCCCACCUUACUUAUCUCUACGUUGCGUAGAAGCUGCCUUGCUUGCCUAAUUUCAUCGAACAGAAGCACAAUGCCGUCACUUCUCCUCCUCUAUAAUUUAUGAGUCUUUUCUCGUAAUCGAGCAUGAUGACAAAUAGAGAUGGUGCCUUAAUGUCACCCUGCAUGACCGCUGAGAGUAUCUGAAAAUAGUCCAUUUGGCCGUCAAGAGAUCGGAUGAAACCUUUGCUUUGAUGUUGAUGUACAUUAGAAUGGUCGCAUUGAUGUUUCUCUUAGGAGUGUCAUAAUGUGGAAAGCAUCUUGAACAUCGCUUGGUAGUGAAUGGAGUCUAAUGUAUUCUUGAAGUAUAGAAAUAAUGGUAAUUGGACUAAGAGGAGUGCAACUCGGUCUGAAUUCAUACGUGUGAUCUUAAAAUCGGACAAGUACGCAGUGAGAGUUCGAUUUGAAAUCAAAAGUAUGAUUUCAGCCCCAAAGUGCAAGACAGGAAGUUAAAUUAUCACUUCAUUACAGCCAUUUAAAAUCGCAAAAUUCAGUCAUUACCAUUGUUUUAUUGAUCUAUUAGCCGGUCUGUUGAAAGGGGAAACGAGAACGGUUUUACAUCUGAUUUUGUUUGCGAAACGGAAAUGAUGCGAUUGAGAUCAGAAAUGACGCCAUUUAUUUAGAAAAUGAAUGAUGAGCUUUCGAAUAGAUCUGAUUUAGAGAAAAAGGUGUGAUUGAUCAACCGUGAAACAAUCAUAUUGCUUAGUGCCAAUAAGAUCGCAAGAAUCACCAUAAUGGUGAAUCACCAGAAUGGCGAACACCAAACAAUUGCCAAAAUGAAUGUAAUAUAGAGCAAAAUUGAGUGUAAUUCGUGAAUGAAUCUUUCUGAUGAGGGCGAAUAAGAUUUCAGGAAUCAGCAGUGAUUUCAGCACUGGAUGUAACAAAUUCAGAAAUCGAUGUUUGAUAAUUUUUCUUGUGUGAUGAUUGAUGGAGCCGUACGCGUGCGAAAGCCAUUCUUAUUGUAUCACAGAUAUGGAUCUCUCUCUGGAUAUAUACGAUUUAGUAACAUUGUGUUAGCAACUGGUGAUGUUAAGCUAAUUAAUGCGUAUUGUAGUUUACGGUGUAGACUGAGUUGCCCGAUUUGAGAAUUGGUUUUAAGUUGCGAAUGGUAACAUUUCGGAACGCAUACAAAGAGAAUGUAAAUCACAGAAGUACGUCUCAUCCAGAAACCUUUAAUUCAUUCAUAUUGCUAUAAUAAGAGUGCAUACUAGCGACAGGCAGGGAACCUUAUAAAGCAUUGUACUUCAUUCACUGCGAACAAUUUUUAAGGACUUGCAGUUUAUUAAAAUUCUGAAUUGCUGAACGUUUUUGAGGAAGUUGUUAGAUAUCGUUGAAAAUUAAUAGGACAUCGGGAUUCAGCAAAAGAAAAGUUAUGUUGCGACGAGAAACAAUACCUAGUCUUUUAAAACGCCAUAAAGCCGGGUGAAAGACAACAGAGAUCCAAAGGCCUCCCUCUUUUAAAAGAGACAUGAUUGACACCAUCUUUACCUAUGAUGUAUGACACUAUUCAGCCCGCUCGAGACCCUAAUGAGCUCGACACAUCCUUUCUUUAAAAUGUAGCUGAUGACGUUCAGUUAAGGAAAAUGAAAUAUUCCCCUUUUGAACUUUGAAUAGUGUUCGCAGUGCAGGAAAUAGUAUCUUAUUACUUCCUUAAAUUGUCGGUAUUUGUUUUGCCUGGCGUUUGUGGCACAAUCCAUCUCCCUUGUCACAGAAUCACCUGCCCCUCGUUGACUAAACUCAUCAAAUACUGUGCUCGCGGAUCGAAUAUAGCUAAAGGCAGUCGACAAAAGUUGAUCUUCGAGUGCAGUUUUAGAACAAAGUAGUUUUAAUCAACUAUGGUCAGGCAGCUUCAGUGAAGACUGAAGUGGAUUCUGCCACAAGUGAGCUGUUUAAUUAUUUUAAGAAUUCUUAUUCCACUUUGUGUCUUGUUUUCCCAUAUAUCAAUUAUUGUUCUAAAAUAUUCAUGGAGUAAUAUUUGAACGGAAUAAUUUCCUGACAUAACACACGUAAAUUAGUCGUAUUAUUAUGUGUGUCUAUAGACACGAUCAGGACCAUUUAGUAUAAAUCGAACGAGACAUCGAAGUUUAUUUUAUAAAUCAGAUCUCCUUGUAAAGUUUUCUUUUCAAGGGUCAGUCUCAAU